GGCCAGGAGGAGCGCGCUCGCUCGGGGGCGAGCAGGGCCGGCGGCCGCGCGGGCGGAGGAAGAGGACGAGGAGGAGGACGACUGCGAGGAGGACGGCGACCGGGAGGAGAAGGACGCGCGGAGGCCACACCCAUCGGCGCGCCGAUCCGGCAGCGAGUCGUCGGCGGCCGCGCGCUCCAGCCGAGCCUCCGCCCGCACCGAGUCCGGAGCCGGGCCGCACCGGGGAGGGGCCGCUCCGGCCGCAGCGCGAGGGCACGAGGGGCGGCGGGAGGCCGGCACCGGGCGCGGCCGGCGCAGCGACCAUGAUCGCUUUGUUCAACAAGCUGCUGGACUGGUUCAAGGCCCUGUUCUGGAAGGAGGAGAUGGAGCUCACGCUGGUCGGGCUGCAGUACUCGGGCAAGACCACCUUCGUCAACGUGAUCGCGUCGGGACAGUUCAAUGAGGACAUGAUCCCCACCGUGGGCUUCAACAUGCGCAAGAUCACCAAAGGGAACGUGACCAUCAAGCUCUGGGACAUCGGGGGACAGCCCCGCUUCCGCAGCAUGUGGGAGCGCUACUGCCGAGGAGUGAGCGCCAUCGUGUACAUGGUGGAUGCCGCUGACCAAGAGAAGAUUGAGGCCUCCAAGAAUGAACUCCACAACCUACUGGACAAGCCCCAGCUGCAGGGCAUCCCGGUCCUAGUCCUGGGCAACAAGCGAGACCUCCCGGGAGCCUUGGAUGAGAAGGAGCUGAUCGAGAAAAUGAAUCUGUCUGCCAUCCAGGACCGAGAGAUCUGCUGCUACUCCAUCUCGUGCAAAGAAAAGGACAACAUCGACAUCACCCUACAGUGGCUUAUCCAGCACUCAAAGUCACGGAGAAGCUGAGACUCCGGCCCCGCCCCCUCGGACCAGGGACCGCCCUCCGGAUCUGAAGCCGAGCUCCCGCCCCCUCCCCCUGCCGCCCCCCCAAGCCCACCCCUCCUUACUUGGUGUGGGGAGGGGCCCUCUGGGGGUCCCAGAGUCCUAUUCUGCUGAGGUUUGAACUCCCGAUUUUAUUGUAAAAUAAAUUGCUCCCCUCCGGUCCCCUAACCUCCCCCCUCCCCUCUCCCUUUGUCUCUCCGCCGCCCUGCUUCCCUCCCCUCUGCAGCCCCGCCCCACAGCCCCGCCUCCUCUCCUGUCCCGCUCCCUGCUUCCCUUUCCCACACUCUUCUGUUAUUGUCCUGUGUGUACAGUAUAUAUAUGUAUAUAUAUUUUAAUUUUUUUAUUUAAGCAAAGACUAAAAUCAACCAUUUGAUGCUGCAGGGGCCAGUCAGGAUCUGGGAGGGGGCGGUCUGGAGAGAAGGAGAAUAGCGGGGUUAGCUGGGGCCGGUUCAGGUCAGGAAAGGUAAGGCUGGCACAGGGGCAGGUACCAGCCCAGGCACGGGUGGCCGUCCCCACGUCCCGUUUGUCUCCACUUCCCAGUCUGGCCUGUCUCCGCAGUGUUUGAAUGUCACAGGCUGAAGGGAGCUUCCAGAGACGCCCUUCUCUGCCCCCAGCCUCAGCAUGGCCACCAGGCUCAACCAGGGGCCGGAGACCGGGGGCGAAGGGGCAGGAGGCCAGCGCCCUAGCAGCCCCUCCCGCCUGUUCCUGGCUCCCAGCUCCUGCCCCUCCCCGGGCCCUCACCUCCACGGGCCACCUCAUUUUCUGUUCUCAUUUUGCAGAGUUGCACAAGGAGAGAACUCAGCAUGGGGGGUUGGUUCUUUGGGUUUUGUUUUCUGUUUGUUUAAUUUAAUGAUUUGUAAAGUGAUGUCCCUCUUCCUUUUUUACACUUUUCAGCUCAUAUUUAACCUCUGUUUGGAAAAUGAUUCUUGUAACUGUACAUUUUUUUGCCUCCUAACAACAAGAAUAAAUGACAAUUUUGUGUUGGG